ACAAGGCUUUUAUCCGGUGGUGCUGGUUAUGUUGUAUCUCGUGCAGCGCUCAAGAUGAUCGCUGAGGGUAAGGAAAAGGAGGUUUCCAGCUGUCGUAAACGAGGUGGUCCUGAGGAUGUAAAUCUUGCUCCUGAAAAUGACGAUAUUUUUUUUACAAAAUUCAAAUUAUUCUCCGCUUUCAUUCAAAUUCUUUCAGGUGCUUGCGCAGAGGAGGUCAGGGUGAAGAUGGUCGAUAGUUUGGAUGAACACGGUGAAGAAGCUUUCCACCCGUUCAGUCCCGGCUAUAUGCUCGAUAAGAAUGCAAUGGAACGUACCGAAUGGGUUCAAUCAUACAAUUAUUAUCCUAUCAGAACCGGUUUAAAUUGCUGCAGCGAUCACUCGGUGUCUUUUCACUACAUCAGUCCCCAAGAUAUGUACACAUUGGAUUAUCUCAUCUACCAUGCUUAUCCUUAUGGUAUCGCACGCGAUCUGGAGCAGUACAAGGAGUUGGCGCGAUUGAAGCAAGGCAAACCACUCUUCAAAGAACCACCUAUUUCUGCCGCUAAACCAGCUCCAAACCAACCCUAA